AUGGAGGAAACACAGCUGGGCUGGAAUGACUCCACAGAUGUUCUCCAAGGCAUCAUGGGCCGACAUGAAGGACACGAUCCGUCCGAUCCUAAAUCCUCAAAUCUUCCCUUUGACGCCGCAAACCCACUACUAGACCUUCAACUCGGAUCGCUCGAUCCAACACUUACCCACUCUCUAAGCCAAUGGCCUUCACACCCACGAGACCCAUACUACUCCCAAUACACUCACUCCCGUCUGAUAGACAACCAAGAUGCCUGGAAUCCGCUGCAGGCCACCGGUGUCCCGCCCACCUCGUCCAUCUCGCAUAUGAACAUGCCUGCCCAGAUAUCCGACCAGGAUUGCUGCUUCUCGCAACAUCACUAUAGCGAGCCCUCUGAAAACGGGAGUCAGUACAUGGAUAGCUACUCUGCUGAUUCUGGAUACGGUGGUACCAGCUGUACAACACAAUCUGUUGUUGCUUCUUCAUACAGCGUGGAUUCAUCGAGCCCCCAGAUCGACAUAACAGACAACAUGUCCGCCGAGUCAAGGCCUCUGUUUGAUCGUCCCCAGUAUGGCUCUGUGUCUGAGGCAUCGUACACAUCAGAGUUUAUAGACUCCCCGUCGCAGCUGGUUGAUGUCUCGAUGCGAUGCGAACAUCCGUCGUGCAAGUGGGUUGGGAAAUGCCCAUCGGACAAAAGGAAACACGAGGCUCGCCACAAGAAGCUCUUUAAAUGUGACGUUCCAAAUUGCCCGCGCAAGGACGGGUUUGGUACCAUUAAUGAUCUUGCCCGUCAUAAGAAAUGCGUUCACAAUAAAGAGCCCGAGCGUGGGCCCAAGAUGAUGUACAUGUGUUUCGGGACAAACUGCCCGCGCCCGAACAAAAGGUGGCCGCGCCUAGAUAAUUUCAAGCAACACCUGAACCGCAUGCAUAAUGAAGAGGAUGGGGAGGCCCUCUUGAAAAAGUCCAUGGAUUGGUAUGAGAGAGUCAUCCGCCGCCAACCAGAGCAGAGCUGCGACGACCAUAGCUCAAGAGAUGAGUCAGUAUUCGAAGCGCAAGAAGACGAGGCGUCCGUCCAGCCGACCACCGAGCUCGAACUGGAAUAUGGUGCAAUGUCGCAACAAAAGUCUGAUAUCUUCACGUUUGGUGUUGCCACGCCGAGACCCCCUCAGUAUGGUACACCCUCUCUUGCAGACUCACCGUCUCAGUUUCCCGCUUUUGGCUAUCUGGGUCUGUCAAAAACUAGUCAAGAUGUUUCCGCUGAACGCGGAAUCGCAAAGCCCGAUGGAUCAGUUAUAGACGUGGCUGAUAACUUAAUUAACGCCAUGACGAAAAUGAUGAACAACCGCGGGCGGAGAUUAAGUCAAAAUAUCGACGAGGGGGUUGACCUCGAAACCGACGCUACUCGCCUCUCCCAGCCCCAGCGGCAAAUGCUGCAGAAGGUGCUUUCGGUGGCUUUGGAAAGGUUAUCCGACGACAACGAAACCACUGUACAAGAUCCAGAUAGCGAAAAACGUGGUUGGUUCCAAUGUGACGUGUGCCCAAAGCAGACCCGGCUUCGCUGUGAAAUGAAGAAGCAUCAGAAACGUCAUGAAAGACCCUACGGCUGUACGUUCCCUCACUGCGCCAAGUCCUUUGGUAGCAAAGCCGAUUGGAAGCGACAUGAGACCUCCCAACAUCUUGGUGUGCCAAGUUGGUUCUGCACAAAACACGAUGUGCAAACAGGUGCCUCGUGCGAACGACUGUUCGAUCGACCCGAGAUAUAUAUGCAGCACCUGCGCCAGCAUGGAAUUCAUGAAUAUGAAGUCGCAGCUUCGGCUAGCCAUAACCGGCUUGAUCUGGAGGGUCAGUCGCAUUUCUGGUGUGGAUUCUGUAAUCGCAGAGUCCCACUAACGAACCAUGGCUCUGAAGCCCUGGAUGAGAGAUUCAAUCAUAUUGAUAUUGAGCAUUUCAAGAAAGGAGAGAGGGGUCAGGACUGGCGGUUCCCGUCUUCAUCGCUCGAUGGGGACGAGAUGGACCAGACCAAGGCUACUGCCAUACAGAGGUUUGACUAUAGCCGGAAGGCUGCAACGACUGGAGAGCGGAAGCGCAAGUAUGCUGCAGCAUGA